AUGCGUCUAUUUUUGGUUUUACUUUCCAUUGGCUACACAUUUGCCGUACCUCAAGGUUAUAAUUAUCAGAUCGAAGUUGGACCUAAUGGUGGUAGUAGCAUUCAGGCCAUACCCAAUGAAUAUCAGCAAAUCCUGCAAGAGCAGUAUGUUGGUCAAAUACCCCAAGGUUUUGCGGAAACAGUUGGACAAUUCGGAAGUAAUUUGUUGCAUAGUGCCCAGCAUGUCAUACAACAUGAACAACUUCAACAGCAGCAGCAACAGCAACAGGAUCUUGUAAUUCAAGCUCCAGCAACAAUUGUCCAGCCUCCCGCACAAGAAUUCGCCGCAAAAUCUCCACCUGUGGAGCCUGUCCAUGCUCACUUUAUUAUCAGAACAACAGAAAAGCCGGUGAAAACAAUUGAACCCGUCGUUCCCACAACACCCGUGCAGAAUAAGGUGUCUUUCCACAAGGAAUUCUAUUAUUUAUCUGCACCCCAAGAGGAAUAUGAACCACCCAAAGAUUUACAAGAUCAAUUGGCCACAAUCAAGAAGAAUCUUAAAGUGGUGUUCAUUAAAGCCCCUGAAAACAAUGGCCUGGAACAAGCCGCCCUGCAAUUGGCCAAACAAUCUGCAGCUUCGCAGACAGCUAUUUAUGUCCUCACAAAACAACACGAUGCCUCCGAACUGGCCCAGAAAUUGAAUUCCAUACAAAACGUGGCACCACAGCGUCCAGAAGUUGCCUUCAUUAAGUAUCGUACGCCCGAGGAAGCUGAACACGCUCAACGUGUCAUUCAAGCUCAAUACGAACAAUUGGAUGGCCCCAAUCACAUCAACCGUCCCGACGUCGGAGUUACUCAUGAUUUUGUGGGUUCCAAUAAUAUUAAGCUGGAUCCACGCUCUGGAACCAGUAGCAGUGCAACUGAAAAGGUCGCAACUACAAAACCAAAUUCCAAAUAUUUACCGGCUACAGCUAAACAUUAGCGCACUGCCGCUGACCAUGUUUAUGUAUAUUUAUAUAUUUUGUAAUAAAUUAAGUUAAUUUAUUGAAUUUAAAAUUAAUGAAUAUUUUCAAUAUUGGGACAUCGAGUAGCACUCUUUUGCAUAAUCAUGUUUGGAUGACAAAAUCAUAUGCCAACUCAUGCUUUACCCUCACUUGUAUUGUGAAAAAAUUAAA